CAUAGAAGAAGAAGAGGGGUGGUUGUGUGUUUACGGAAGUAGCUAGCUAGUUCUAUAUCUUUCAGCUUGUUAACAUAUUUACUUAAAUUAAUUAUAGUUUGCUACAUUAUGAAACUAUCAUGAUGGUAAAAAUAUAAUAGCAAUCAAAACAGGCGUGGUCUAACAGAACAAGAUAAACACAACGAAGGUCUCCUGGGGGGGUGAAUUGAAGCCAUAACAUAACUGACACCAUGGGGGCCGAGCAGAGCGGUGAUUCUGAGCACAAACACACCGACUACAGUUCCUCGGUGGUGCCCUCUCCAGCGAAGCAGAAGGCUAAAAUGGACGACAUUGUGGUGGUGGCUCAGGGGACACAGUCAUUGCGCAACAUCCAAAAUGACCCUGAUGUCAUCAAGCUUCAGGAAAUCCCCACUUUUCAGCCCUUGUUGAAAGGUGUGCUGAGCGGACAGAUGUCCCCCAGCAGUUUGUGUCUAGAGAGGCUGGACUCUGCCCAGGUGCUGCAGCUCUGCAUCCGCUACCAGGACCACCUGCACCAGUGUGCCGAGGCCGUGGCCUUCGACCAGAACGCCCUGGUCAAGAGGAUCAAAGAGAUGGACCUGUCUGUGGAGACGUUGUUCAGCAUCAUGCAGCAGCGUCAGAAGCGCUAUGCUAAGUACGCUGAGCAGAUCCAGAAGGUGAACGAGAUGUCCAUGAUCCUGAGACGUAUCCAGAUGGGCAUUGACCAGACCGUCCCCCUGAUGGAGAGGCUCAACAACCUGCUGCCGGAGUGCGAACGCCUGGAGCCCUUCAGCAUGAGGCCGGACGGGGACGUUGCAGCCAAGUAGAAAUAUCUCUGCCUGGUUAUGCUGAUACACUUACUGUCAUGGCCCUCUAGUCUAGCCUUCACUGCCUCCGCCAUUUUAAAAGCUCUUUAUUGAACCAUUCAUGUCGAACAGAAGAGAGAGAGGGGGGAGGGGGGGAAGAAAGACUCUGCCCAGCUUGCUCCCCAAUCCAUCCUAAACCCUUCACAUCCACAACUUACCGGCCCUGGACAUUUAGCUCAGCCACUCAGCAUAAGCAGUCCCGUCCCCAUGCACCAGAUGUAGUGGGUUUCUGGGACAGCUACAUCAGGGGUUUGCAUGUCGCUGAGUGGAUUGGAAGACUGUAAAACAGGAAGUUUACAUGAUGAUUAACUGAAGGGAACCUGCUUGGCAAAAUGACUUCCAAAAAUGACUGAAUCUCCAGAAGUAAUAUUAGUCAAAGAUGAACUCUGAAGAUAAACCCCUGGAGCUUCAACUGGCAGUAUUUUUGUUUUGGGAGGGGGUGACAUUUUUAUUACGCUAAAUGAUUUUGAGUGAUAGGUGACUGAAUAUGUUGGAUUCUCUGAGUUUUAAAUGGCUUACAUAACAAAAAAUGCAAAUGUUUAUUUGGGAAAUAAAUUCAUACUUGAGAAAUUUGAAUCAUUUCAAUUUCUUGCAAAGUGUAUAAAGGUUCUUAUACUGUUCCGUUUAAAGAAUCAGUUAAAUAAUCAGAUACUGACCCUCUCACUUGGAUAUGAUUGGUUACAGGAUAUUGCCAUUUGGUGUUAUAACAUAGUAUAUACACUUAGUGUACAAAACAUUAUGAACACCUGCUUUUUCCGUGACCUAGACUGACCAGGUGAAUUGAGGUGAAAGCUAUAAUCCCUUAUUGAUGUCACUUGUUAAAUCCACUUCAAUCAUUACAGAUGAAGGAGAGGAGACGGGUUAAAGAAGGAUUUUUAAGCGUUGAGACAAUUGAGACAUGGAUUGUGUAUGUGUCAUUCAGAGGGUGAAUGGGCAAGACAAAAAGUGCCUUUGAUGGGGUAUUGUAGUAGGUGCCAGGCGCACCGGUUUGAGUGUCAAUAACUGCAACACUGCUGGGUUUUUCACUCAAUAAUUUCCAGUAUGUAUCAAGAAUGGUCCACCACCCAAUGGACAUCCAGCCAACUUGACACAACUAUGGGAAGCAUUGGAGUCAACGUGGGCCAGCAUCCCUGUGGAAUGUUUUUGACACCUUAUAGAAACCAUGCCCAAAAAAGGCUGCUCUGGGGGCAUAGUGGGUGCAAAUCAAUAUUAAGGUGUUCCUAACGUUUUGUACACUUUGUGUAGGUUCCCCUUGUUCUAAGUUCCCCUUGUUCUGUGAGGAUGUGGCCAUUGAAUUUUGGUAGGAGCUGAAAUACUUAACAUUGUCAAGCAAAGUUCUCUCUCUUCUCUGUAAUGUUCAGUGUAUCCUCAUUUGAAUUAUGAUUGCCUCUGUCUGUCUGUCUGGCAGAGGAAGGCAUAUCAAUGUUCUUGGGACCUUUUUCUAAUGUCCAAAAUCACCAUCUAAUUCUAGUGAUCCGUCAGCGCCUUUUCAUAUGUAAAUUAACAAGGAGGAUAUUCCUUAACGUGCUUAAAGGGGAAUUGUUUGAACAUUGAAACUGGAAUGGAAAUGCGAGUCAGUCUGAACAGAGAACAUCAUUUUAGUGCAGUUCCUUUGUGGACUGAGUGUUCUACUCUACCUGCCUUUGUGCUGUGAAGUGAAGAAUGGGCCUAGCCAACUGAUCUUCAUAGCCUGAAUAUUAAUACACCAAGAUAAUCCAAAACAAUUUGCCAUCAGGAACUUUCAUUUCUGAGAAAUCCAAUUUCCCCAUAUAGGCUUACUUCUCAUUUGAAUAUAAAAGGGACAGUUUUUCUACUUUUUUGUUUCUGUAUUCCGAAUCGAUCCACAGCGAGGAAUAUGAGUGAGAGAAGAUUGAAAUGGCCUGCUGUAAAGUGUACAGAACCAUGGUUCUCUCUUUGUCUGAGGCUAGACUGGGCGCAUACUAAUGAGCAGCGCUAUUAGCUGCCUGAAUACUCUGCUGUUGUAGAGAACCCUUUUACAUCAAGUACCUUGUAGUUAUAUGAUUAUAAUUUCAAACUGGAUAAAUAUUAAAUGUUUCUCUGAACAGGC